UAGGGCUACUACCUCAUUUGAAUGAUCACAGUUUACUGUUCUGACAAACAUCAUCUGACUGAAACAUAAAAAUUGUCUUAUAAUAUGAAACAAGAAACGUGAAUUUUUAAAGCAGUAGACAAUAACCUAUAAAAUAGGGUUUGAUGGUUAUUGAAGCCUCAUGUUUACAACGAUAAUACAUUUGAAUGUAAAAUAAGUAUUAAUGUGAAUGUUCCAAUUUUCAAGCAUUAUAAAUCAAUGUCUUCAAGUGCAAAGAGAGUUGCUUUUAUCACAAAAAUAGUCCCCACUGCUCCAAAAGAAAAGUACGAAUUUGUUGAUGAUUUAGUAACAGGAAAGUUCACGUCAAUUUAUAAAGCAAAAUUGAGGAACGACAAUCAGAAUAAGGAUAUCAAGCUUUUUGCCAUUAAAAUACUGAAGCGCUACGAACUUCACUUGAACGAAAGAGAAGUAAAUAUUUUAAAAAAGCUGGACGACUCUAGACAUAUUGUGAAAGUGUAUGAUUUUAUAGAGGAAGAGCCCAAACUAUUUUCAAUUGUAAUGGAACUGUGUAUGACAGAUUUGUAUGAGAUUUUGAUUGAGAAAAAAAUAGUAGUAGAGGUGCCUGAGAAGAAAACAAUGUUCAGUCAUAUAUUGAGAGGUUUGGAUGCUAUACAUUCAAGAAACAUUAUACAUAGAGAUAUAAAGACUAAAAAUCUGUUGCUUUCUUACGACGGAUACGUGAAGAUAGGUGAUUUUGGAAUUGCAUGUCAAGGUCCACCGUUUUAUGCAGAUCAUUCAACCAUUUUUACAGACCAAGUUGGUUCACUGUAUUACAGGGCACCUGAAGUUCUUCUGGGAGAGAGAAAGUACAGCGAACGUAUUGAUCUAUGGGCUGCAGGAUGUGUAGCUUAUGAGCUAUGGUCCAAUGAAAUACUAUUCAAGGGAACCAAUGAGAAGGACCAGCUGGAGAAAAUUACAGAAAUAUUUGGUUUCAUAUCUGAGGAGUCCUGGGAAGCGGUGAGGAAAUUAGAUGACCAUGCUGAGUAUGAAAGAACAACUGCCUACAGAUAUAGAUUGGAAUCUUCUCUUAGAGACAAGCUUGAAGCCAUCACCAAGGAUGAAGGCGUCAUAGAGAUGAUGCUUAGCCUUCUCAGUAUCAAUCCCUAUCAGAGGAAAACAGCUGAGGUGCUUUUGUUGCACAAUAUUUUUGAUAUUGGAUCAAAGCCACCUCCUGCUUACAAUCUUUUUUCUCUGAAAAUGGUUGUUGAAAUGUGGCCUCGCACUGCUGCCAUUCCAAGAUGCCCUUUCCGUUACAACAUGAACUUUGACAUGGAAGUCGAUCCAGACAGAGAUGAAGAGGAGAAAGACGAAGAAGAUGUAAUUGGGAUGAAAGUGAGAUUAAGUCGCUUGAGGAUGAGAGAUCAAAAAUAUCGUGUCCAUAAAAAAAUGAAAACAAUUCUACAAAAUUCUUAAGAAUUUAUUGAGUUUGAGCCUACAAUUUAAUUUUCACCUAUAGAAUACAUUGAAAACUUUUUGAUGGAUAAGUUAGUAUAAUUGAGUAAUUAGAAAUAUUGUAAUAAUAUUUUUGUAUUUCAACUUUA